AUGGCAGAGUUAAAGUACAUUUCUGGAUUUGGGAACGAGUGUGCUUCAGAGGACCCUCGCUGCCCGGGUUCCUUGCCAGAAGGACAGAAUAAUCCUCAAGUCUGCCCCUACAAUCUCUACGCGGAGCAGCUCUCGGGAUCAGCCUUCACUUGUCCACGGAGCACCAAUAAGAGAAGCUGGCUGUAUAGGAUUCUCCCUUCAGUUUCUCACAAGCCCUUUGAGUCCAUUGACCAAGGCCACCUGACUCACAACUGGGAUGAAGUUGGCCCUGAUCCUAACCAGCUUAGAUGGAAACCAUUUGAGAUUCCAAAAGUGUCUCAGAAGAAAGUGGACUUUGUGAGUGGUCUGCACACCUUAUGUGGAGCUGGAGACAUCAAGUCUAACAAUGGGCUUGCUGUUCACAUUUUCCUGUGUAACUCCUCCAUGGAGAACAGAUGCUUUUACAAUUCAGAUGGGGAUUUCCUGAUUGUUCCCCAGAAAGGGAAGCUUCUCAUUUACACAGAGUUUGGCAAGAUGCUCCUGCAGCCCAAUGAGAUCUGCGUCAUUCAGAGAGGAAUGCGAUUCAGCGUCGAUGUCUUCGAAGAGACCAGGGGCUACAUCCUGGAGGUCUAUGGUGUCCACUUUGAGUUACCUGACCUGGGGCCCAUUGGAGCAAAUGGCCUGGCCAAUCCUCGCGAUUUCUUGAUCCCUGUUGCCUGGUAUGAAGAUCGUCAAGUGCCAGGUGGUUACACUGUGAUUAAUAAAUAUCAGGGCAAGCUGUUUGCUUCCAAACAGGAUGCCUCCCCAUUCAAUGUUGUGGCCUGGCAUGGAAACUAUACACCCUACAAGUACAACCUAGAGAACUUCAUGGUUAUCAAUGCAGUGGCCUUUGACCAUGCGGAUCCUUCCAUCUUCACAGUGCUGACUGCCAAGUCUACCCGACCUGGGGUGGCCAUCGCUGACUUUGUCAUCUUCCCACCUCGGUGGGGGGUAGCAGAUAAAACCUUUAGGCCUCCUUAUUACCACAGGAACUGCAUGAGUGAAUUCAUGGGACUCAUCAAAGGUCACUAUGAGGCAAAGCAAGAUGGAUUCCAGCCAGGGGGAGGCAGCUUGCACAGUGCCAUGACCCCCCAUGGCCCAGAUGCAGACUGCUUUGAGAAGGCCACCAAAGCUAAAUUGGCACCUGAGAGGAUAGCUGAUGGCACCAUGGCAUUUAUGUUUGAAACUUCCUUGAGUUUGGCGGUCACCAAGUGGGGACUCAAGACCUGUAGUUGUUUGGAUAAGAACUACUACAAGUGCUGGGAGCCUCUCAAGAGCCACUUCACCCCCAAUUCCAGGAAUCCGACAGAACCUAAGUGAGAUUGAAGCCUGCUCCUGUAAUUGAGAAUAGAUUUUCAUGGUUUCCUUGAGAAUCUCACACCCACUGGGCAUGUGGGGGCAGUGAUUACAAUGAGAGCUCACUUUUCAUAGUCAAGUAACUCAGAGUGUUUGUGGAAAUGCAUUCAGGAAUGCCUAUGGCUUUCUAAUUACUCAAUAAAUAUGUGCAAAUGGUCA